UGAGCGCUGCAAGCGUCGUCCGCGGGCGGGUGUGUGUAUGUUGGUUGGAAGUGGGAUCAGCGGACUUGGACGGUUGUUGAGGAAGUGGAAGAGCUCAGGGAUGGAACUUCCACAGCACGAUCUAUGAAGUCGGAAUGGCAGUGAUGUGACGCGAAGGAACAUGCCCAAGUCGUGCUUCGGUUGUCAAGGUUAGGUGACGAAAGGACAGUGCUGGCAUUUAAAGCGAUGACCUGGAUUCGGUCCCCUGGUGCAGGUGUGGCACUGCUUUUUGGCAUCUCCUUGCUGAUUUGCCGUGGAUCAGCUACAGAUCUGGUUGUUCAGGUCCCAUUCGACAUACAGGAUGAGCGCGCAAGUUACCGCUUGGACUACUGGCCACCUGAAGGCUACCCAGCACCCAAUGCCACAUUCACUCCACUGCAAGUUAGAAGAGGUAUCACCUUAACAAAAGUUCUGCCUGGCAAGAAGUAUGAAGUAUUCUUAUAUCUCACCAAUGAUACCUUCUCAGAUUGGCCAGCAUGGUCUGAAUCUCUUGACACCAGGCCCAAUCCACCAGAAAAUCUUACAGUGAAUGUGAGGUCAGGAAAAGUUGUCCAGGUCUCAUGGGUGCCUUCAAAGGCCGGUGGUACUUCUGGCUUCAAGCUGAAGGUCAUUCCAUUUUCUGGGCCACAGAAGUCAGUGCAUAAUAGCACCAUCAUCGAGUCAUCGCCUUUUACACUGCGUGACCUGACCCCGGGGGCUUCAUAUGGCCUUGAGCUGUAUUCACAAUUUGGUGAUGCAGAGAGUGUAGAUGCCGCAUCAAAAAAUGUGACAACAGUACCCAACACCCCUGGAAGAUUCAUUGUGUGGUUCAGAAAUGAGACUACAAUGCUGGUGCUGUGGCAGCCACCCUACCCUGCUGGAAUAUACUCCAAGUACAAGGUUUCAAUUGACCCACCAGAUGCUCCUGACAGUGUGUUCCUGGUGGAGAAAGAAGGAGAACCACCAGGACCAGCACAGGCAGCCUUUUAUGGGCUGACACCAGGCCGGCCUUACAACAUAUCUGUCCAGACUCUCAGUGUUGAUCAGGUCUCCCUUCCAACUACUGCACAGUACAGGACUGUGCCACUGGCACCCAGAAAUGUGACCUUUGAUCGCAACUCCUUGAAGCCAAGGUCAUUUAUUGUGAAUUGGCAGCCUCCCAAGGGCUUUGUGGAAUUUGACAGGUACUCAGUGUCCAUAGAUACAAGGAAGAAAGCACCCCAGAUUAUUGAGCGGGGACAAGUGACAUCUGCCCUCUUCUCUGAGGGCUUGGAUCCAGGUGUGACAUACAAGGUGAUGGUGAAAGCUGUGUCGGUCAAUGUGGCAUCCUGGCCGGCAGAAGGUAAUGUUACCACCCGACCUCUUCCUGUGGUUGGUAUGAACUCCACCACAAAUGUGGAUACUGGCGAGAUCUUUGUGGAGUGGCAGCCAGACCCAAACAGCUACCAGGACCACUACAGGAUCACAUACCAGGAGCGGGAGACCUUCAAUGGUGACUCGAGCACGACAGUGGUGGGCGACACCAAGUUCAGCGUCGAUAACCUGCUGCCAGGCCGCAACUAUAGCAUCAGUGUGGCGGCCGUCAGCAAUGGCGUGGCCAGUGAGGAGGUGGCCAUCUUCCAGUCCACCAAGCCCGCCACGCCCAUCAUCGAGAACCUGGAGCCGAUCCCCGAAGGACUGAACAUCUCGUGGAAGUCAGACGUGACGUCGCGGCAGGACCACUACGCCGUCAUAUACACGAGGAACGACACCGAGGUGGAGAAAACGGUAGAGACGGAGCGGCCGCGCGCGGAGCUCCGGGACCUCUACCCGGGCGCCGUGUACGAGAUCCGCAUCUUCGCCAUCAGUCACAACCUCUGGAGCGACCCGCACAAGUACUACCAGGCCGUCUUUCCCAACCCGGUGCGUGACCUGAACGUGACGGACGUGACGGCGCAGAGCGUGCUGCUCGCCUGGCGCCCGCCGCGCGACUCCAUCUACGAUGGCUACAUCGUGCGCUACAGCACGACCGACUCUCGCUGGACGGAGCUGCCGAUGACGACCAACACCAGCUACACAGUGCGCGGCCUGCUGCCCGGCUACCGCUACACAUUGCAGGUGACGGCCGUCUCCAGCAAGGUCGAGUCGUGGCGGCCCGUCUCCGUCGAGGAGACGCUGCGGCCGGCGAAGACGCACGCUGGCGACGUGCAGGUGCUCCUCGACUCCAGCAACGUGACGCUCAUCUGGCAGGUGCCCGACGGUUACGUGGACAACUACAUCGUCUCGUGGUGGCCGAUCGACGAGCCGGGCAAGAAGGAGACCAUCACCGUCGGCGAGACGCUGACCGCCGGCAAGAUGGCCGUACCGGUCACCGGGCUGCGGCCCGGGGAGCAGUACCUCUUCGAGAUCUACUCGACGGCGCAUGAUCAGCAGAGUGAGAAGAUCACUAUCAACGAGCGCACGCUGCCGCUCUUCCAGUCGACCGUGAUCCUCGUGAACGAGGUGUCCGAGCCGAGCACGCUUUCCAUCACCUACACGCCGACGCCGGCCGCCGGCACCACGUUCGACCGGUACCGCUGCGAGCUGGCAGACGCGGACGAGCCUGGCCGACCGGUCGUGCCGAAGGAGGAGCGCAUGGCCGACGACCCCAACCGCAACUUCAUCUUCAAGGACCUUGUGCCGGGCCGCGUGUACCGCGUGACGAUGUGGACGGUUUCGGGCAGCGUGACGAGUCUGCCCUACUUCCGCGACACCCGGCUGUUCCCGGCGCCGAUCACGAUGAUCAACGCCACGCGCAUCACGGACGUCGAGAUGACUCUCACCUGGGACCAGCCGAUCGGAGAGUGGGACGGCUUCGACGUGUACCACCAGGGCGAGGGUGAGGCGUCCGUCAAGAACAUGGUGGUGAGCCCGCCAUUCACCUUCCAGGAGCUGACACCGCACAAAAACUACACGUUCACCAUCCGCACGCUGUCCGGCAGCCAGUCGCGACUGAUGCAGCGCUCCAACCCGCUAUCGGCCAACUUCCUGACCGAGGAGAGUGUGCCGGGCCGCGUGGCCACCUUCACUGCCGCCGACGUUACCCCCAACCAGAUCCGCUUCCGCUGGACGCUGCCCAACAACGCACAGAACGGCAUUCUCAUGGGCUUCACCAUCACCUACAACGAGAAGAGCAGUAAGACCGUGUUGGUGAAGGACUUUGGACCGCACGAGUCGGAGGGUGUCAUCAGCGAUCUGGAGCCCGGACUGACGUACACGUUCCAGAUUCAAGCGCGCACCAAGAUUGGCUACGGCCAAGCCACAACUUACGAGACCACCAUGCCCGUCUGGCCGCCGCCGGAGCCCAACGCGCGCGUCUUCCCCACGGAGGUGUCCAAGAACGACACCACCAUUCGCGUGCGGUUCCGCAAGAACUACUUCAGCGACGAGAACGGCCCGGUGAUCGGCUAUAGCAUCGUGGCGGCUGAAGAUUACAGUAAGGACUCGAGCGGCAUCGAGCUGCGUAACUGGCUGGACGUGCAGACGUAUCCCGUCUGGCCCCCUUACCAGGUCAACGUACCGUACAACCCUUUCACCGGCAACCGCUCCGUCGAGGACUUCACCAUCGGCACGGACACGGCGUGCGCCGAGAAGUGUAAGCGCGUGCCGCCCUCGCGCUGCUACUGCAACGGUCCGCUGAAGCCGGGCACCAGUUACGUGGUGAAGAUCCGCGCGUUCACGGCGCCCGACAAGUUCGCCGACACGGCAUACAGCCACCCGAUACAAACGGACAAGGACUACACCAACGUGCUGGUGGCCAUCUUCGUCCCGCUGGUGCUGCUGGCGCUGAUCGCGGUUGUCAUCGUUAUCAUGCGGCGCCGCAACAUGGCACCGUUCUACAUGACCAAGGAGAUGCGGCACAAGGACGACGACAUGUCGCUGCGCGACUCCAUCAUCGAGACAAGCCGGCCGGUGAAGCUGAAGGACUUCCUGGAGCACUACCGCUUCAUGUCGGCCGACUCGGAUAUCCGCUUCUCGGAGGAGUACGAGGACCUCAAGCAGGUCGGCCGCGACCAGGCGUGCACUUUCGCCGACCUGCCCUGCAACCGGCCCAAGAACCGCUUCACCAACAUCCUGCCGUACGACCACUCGCGCGUCAAGCUGCAGCCCACCGACGACGAGGAGGGCAGCGACUACAUCAACGCCAACUACGUGCCGGGCUACAUGUCGCCGCGCGAGUUCAUCGUCACGCAGGGGCCGCUGCACUCGACGCGCGACGACUUCUGGCGCAUGGUGUGGGAGUCCAACUCGCGCGCCAUCGUGAUGCUGACGCGCUGUGUUGAGAAGGGUCGCGAGAAGUGCGACCACUACUGGCCAUACGACAUGCAGCCGCAGUUUUACGGGGAGAUCCAGGUGCUGGUGCUGAACCAGAGCCAGUUCCCCGACUGGACCGUGUCCGAGUUCAAGGUGAUGCGCGGCGACAGCUCGCGCGUCGUGCGCCACUUCCACUUCACCACGUGGCCCGACUUCGGCGUGCCGGAGCCGGCGCAGGUGCUGGUGCGGUUCGUGCGCGCGUUCCGUGAGCGCGUGCCGUACGACCAGAAGCCGAUCAUCACGCACUGCAGCGCCGGCGUGGGCCGCUCGGGCACAUUCAUCGCGCUCGACCGCGCCAUCCAGCACAUCCGCAAGUACGACUACAUCGACAUCUUCGGCAUGGUGUACGAGAUGCGGAAGGAACGCGUGCUGAUGGUGCAGACGGAGGUGCAGUACAUCUGCAUUCACACGUGCCUCAAGGUGGUGCUCGAGGGCAAGGAGCACGAUGACCUGCCGCUGCGCGAAUCGCACACGAACAUGGCCUACGACGACGACGAGGGCAUCGCUGAGUCAGGCAUGUGAGCGGCGCCGGCGGAGAGCGCGCGCGAGACGGCCGCGGCCGCCGUCACCCAGGGACCAACCGACGGGGAAAGUGUUCGGUGUGAGCUGCCUCCACGCCGUGCGGCCGGCGGCUAGUCGGAAUGGGGGCGGAGCGCUUCGUCUCCGGCUGUCGCCCGGCUGCUUUCGGCAGUACAAUGCGUUCUGUGGGCGGGACCGGCACAACGGGCGUCCAGCCGCUGCGGGGGCGCUUCCUGCUGAACGAGGCGAGGCGAGGCGGGGCCGCCCGAUACAGAUAUUAACGUAGAUCUGUUGCUGUCCUCGUGGAGGUAUUUAUUUUACGCGCAUUUUGACCCCGUCCCGUUGUGAUACUUACAUUUUAUCUUCUCACAAAUGUUGGGUACUUAAUCGUUUUAUAUGCAUUUCUGCUGAGCGAGUAAGGCGCGAUGUAUGCCCUGGCAAUAAUCACGUCUUCCCAGUGCUUGCCGGUCGCCUGGGUGUUGCACAGAACGUGUUCGCUGCACCUGUUGGCGCCUGCUGUCGUCGACGAACCCUGCCGUCCAAACCUGAGCAUGGAUAUUCUCUGUAAGAGAUCUGAGGUGUGAGACUGUUUUUUUUUUUGACGGCCCAUUUGCGGCCUGGAGAUGUGAGACUGUUUUUGACCGCCCGUUUUCGGCCUGGUUGGCCACACUUUCGGCGCCGCUCCGCGCCAGCCGUGCUUCCUGUGCCGCAGCGUGCCGGCGUUCGCCACGUUUUGUAAUAAAUAUCCACCACUGCGA